AUGUCCAUUCGUCAUCACACCGAUCUCAUCUUGUGCCGAAAACAACCUGGAAUUGCCAUCGGAAAGGUUUGCAAAAAUUGCGAUGGUAAAUGUGUUAUUUGUGAUUCCUAUGUAAGACCUCACACCAAAGUUCAUAUUUGUGAUGAAUGUAAUUACGGAAGUCUUCAAGGUAAAUGUAUUAUUUGUGGAGGAAAAGGUGUGUCCGAUGCCUAUUAUUGUAAAUCAUGUGUGUUGCAAGAGAAAGAUAGAGAUGGAUGUCCAAGAGUCAUUAAUGUGAGCCAGGCUAGAACAGAUUUGCAUUUUGAAAAAAAGAAAUACGUACAAGGAGCUAAUUUGUAA